AUAAAGCAGGACUCCUAAAUAGCCAUAAAGCAGAUCCACUACCUCACAUUAUUAUACCUUUCCUCUCCAGCCAUCCCAAUCUCUUCUUUCCCACCAAGUUUAGCAUCAUCCCCCUCUCCUUACUGACCAAGCAACUCUGUGCUACUUAUUAAGAAACUGUCACAUGAAGGCAUCAUUCCAUCAUAGUCCACGCACUUAGAAACCAACGAGAGUUCACAAUGUUUGAGACAGAGAUGGAAGCCGACUGGGGGCCAGUGAUUGUGGCGGUGGCCCUCUUCAUCCUCCUCUCGCCAGGGCUCCUCUUCCAGAUACCGUCGAGGUUCAGGGUGGUGGAGUUCGGGAACAUGCAUACCAGUGGGAUUGCUAUUCUGGUUCACGCCGUCAUAUUCUUCUGUAUUCUUACCAUCCUGGUUAUCGCCGUCGGCAUUCACGUACAUUUCACUUGAUCCCAUUUUGCUUCCAUGCUCUGCGACAGCUCUGCCCAGUUGUUCAGUAAUCAGUACAAGUUUUGUGUCGUUAUUGCUGACAGUAAUUAUAGCCCUCUUUUCAGCAACUCCAGUUCUGUAGAUUUCGGUGCUCCGUCAACUCGGCAUACGUAAUAUGUGGCGACAGUCCUAUAAAUAGAAGUAAGCAAAACUUUGCAAAUCCAGAUGUUUCAUGGUUCCAAAUUUUUCCCCCUUUUGAUUUAUGUAUAAUUUGAAUUGGGUAUAAAGAAUUAGUAGUGUUUAGUUUCAGGGUGAGACGACAGCCUAACAGAGUAGGCAAAAGAAAUGAUAAAAUGAUUGUGAAUAUAAGUAGGUUUCAGUUUGUAAGAGGCAAACCGAGCCAGUGAUCAUGUAAUUUCGGUUUAGUCUCGCUAAUUAUAACAUAGCAAUAUACUAUCUUCUUAAUUCUCAUAUCUACGAUUGACUAUUGAUCUAA